AUGAUCAUGGGGCUCUCGCAGCUGUUUCCCCAGCUUGGUGUGACGUAUGGCGGAAUUACAUCAAAAGGGCAGACCUCGAGGGACUUACACGGGAGCAAAUGUACAACGGCUACCGCCUAUGCUCGGACCACUUCGCCGAAAGUGCCUUCGCAAAUCCUGCCAAAACACGGCUCUUGUGGACGGCUGUUCCCACUGUUGCAGUGGAAGUGGGAUCCCCGAUCGACGAAGGACCCUCCCUGGAAGAAGCCACGGCUGCUGCGGCUCAAGAACACCCUCGCCAAAAGAGCAUCGCCCAGAUUGCAGAUUCCAGCCAGACACCGGUUCACCCCGAAUCCCCAAUGCCUGGACCAUCUGGCCUUUCCACGUGUGGACGUGCGGAUGAGUGUGCGCCGUGCCCGGAAACAUCCGGCCAGGAUAAACCAACUUCCACACCAUCUCACCGAGGCCCAAAGAGAAAGGUGUAUUCACCGAAGACCGCAGCCGUCAUCAAGCGACUAAAGAUUGAUGCGCAAAGGUAUCGGAAGUCAGCUAGGAUAAAAAGCCGCCGAAAAAUUACUACACGGGAAGCACUAGAGAAGCUAAAGCUUCAUAUGAGCCCUGAGUUAUACCAACUCGUGGGUAGCCAAGUGGCACUCCAUUGUCGCAAGAGGAAGGGAAGGAGGUGGUCGCGAGAGGUGAAGGAAUUCACCUUGAAUAUGUAUUU